UAACAAACAUAUUCGCCGUGACCGGGCCGACCGUAUCGAAACUUAAUAAUUACUAGUUGGGGGUCAACAAAAAUGCUUCGCAUCACGUCCCUGGUGCGAACAGUCGGCUUAAGAAAGAUCGAACAAAGUUGCACCGCCGUGAUAACAAACCAACGUUCACCGUUGUUGGUCACAUCUAACGCCACUGCCAUACUGCCGGCGGAUGGAACUGCGUUUACCGCAGGCCACCGCACAGUGCGACACUAUGCCAAAAGCAAGGACAAGAAGAAGGACAAAAAACCUGGCACAGCCAAGGUGGCGGUCAACGAAGAGCAAUUGGCCAGUCUAAUCGAUCUGCAGGCGCUGCGAACCCAAAUGGAGAAGAGUAUUGCGACGAUGAAAGAUGAUUAUGUAAAAAAUCUUUCCCUCCGCUCGACGACCGGCUCGAUUGAAACGCUGCGAAUCGGCUACGAAGGCAAAGACUACCAGCUGCAGGAGUUGGGACAGGUAGUGCGUAAAAACCCGAAAACGAUUGUCGUCAAUCUGGUAUCGUUCCCGCAAACCAUACCCGCCGUCCUGCAGGCCAUUCAGCGCAGCGGUAUGAACCUUAACCCGCAGCAGGACGGCACAACGCUAUUCAUCCCCGUGCCAAAGGUAACCCGCGAACACCGGGAAGGGUUAGCGAAGAAUGCGAAAGUGCUGUACAUCAAGUGCCGCGAUCGGAUCAAGGACGUGCAGAACCAAUCGAUCAAAAAGCUAAAAAAACACGCGGACGCAUCGGAAGACGAAGCGUUCCAAGCGCAGCAACAAAUCACCUCCAUUGCUGACGGAUUCGUUAAAGAGGCCGAGAAAAUUAUGGAAUCCAAGCAGGCGGAACUGAUCGGAGACAAGUAACCGGCGCAGUCUUUAGAAACGCGCCGGUCGAAUAGUGAAAUAAAAU